AUGACUGGACAAAAUCAGACCCAGGUGGUGGAUUUCAUCUUUUCAGGAUUCACAGAUCAUCCAGAAUUACAAGUCGUUCUCUUUAAUAUAUUCUUGAUGAUUUAUAUCAUCACACUGAGUGCAAAUCUAGGGAUGAUCCUGUUGAUCAAGAUGGAUCCCCAGCUACAUACUCCAAUGUACUUCUUUCUCGGCCAUUUGGCCUUCCUGGAUGCCAGCUAUUCUUCAACUGUUACCCCCAAGGCAAUAACAGAUAUUUUAGCUGACAAGAAAACCAUUUCAUGGGCUGGAUGUCUUAUACAAUUUUUUAUGUUUGUUGCAUUGGUGACCACUGAAUUGUUUUUGCUCUCAGUCAUGGCAUAUGAUCGAUAUGUGGCCAUUUGCCAUCCAUUGCUUUAUUCCAGAAUUAUGUCGAAAAAGUGCUGUGUUUCCCUGGUAGUUGGUGUCUAGCUANUAUCCUUCUGUGGUCCAAAUGUAAUUAACCACUUUUACUGCAAUGACCCACCACUUCUAGCUUUAUCCUGCUCUGACACUCAGACAAAAGAAAUCCAGCUUUUUGCCUUGAGUACAAUCAAUUUAACUGGGUCCCUCUUCACAGUCAUCAUCUCCUAUAUCUAUAUUCUGAAUGCCAUAUUUAGAAACCAUUCUACUAGCGGAAGACACAAAGCCUUCUCUACCUGUGCCUCCCACCUGACUGCUAUUGUGAUUUUCUAUGGCACCCUCUUCUUCAUGUAUGUGCAACCAAGCUCUUCUCAUUCUCUGAACUAUGACAAAGUAAUUUCUGUGUUUUAUGCUGUUGUGAUCCCCAUGCUGAACCCCCUUAUCUAUGUUUUAAGAAACAAAGAAGUUAAAGGAGCCUGGAGAAGAAUGAAGGUUAAGAAAUUGUUUUUAUAA